AUGUCCGUGCAAGGAGAGUCUGCCUUUGUUUUCGAUGCGACCAAUCGGGAUCCAGUCGUACAACGACAAUCGCACGAGGACGGACAAAUUAACGAUGAGCAGAGCGAACUUGAAGAUCAGAGAGGAGGGCCCUGCUUCAUAUGUUUAUAUAGGUACGCGAAGAUCUUGAGCCGUUUCUGGUACGUGAUUUGUUUGCUGGUGUUUCUGGCCUCUGGGGCCUUCGCUACCGUGGUGUUCACCUUGUACGAUCUGCCAAACUUCUCAGAACCCUACAAGGGCUUCCAACCUCGUGGUACGGAUAUAGCAUCACGCGUAUUCAGUCUCCAAAACCUCCUGCUUGACUCCGAGGAUGUCCUGGUCGACCGUCCAUCUGAUGUGGUGACUUUCCAACCCUCCGUGACCCAAACACCCGUAGGUGGGUGUUGGCUGACCGAGGAGACAAAGACGAAUAUGGAACCUGCACCGGGCAUUCAGUUCUGCAAAUCCAUUUGGGACUGGGAUGACGAGGUUGCUACAUUAGUCUUGGAGAGCGUGGAAGGUAACAUACUAACCCCAGAAGCCGUUGCGUCAGCUUGCAGAGCUGAGGAGCGCUUUGUAACAUCCCACCCAUCUUACCAAGACCACUGCCUCUGCCGCGGUAACCACACCGACCAGGCCUGCCCCAGUGCCUGGUCAAUAGGCAACUACAUAGCCCUGCUGUCCAACAAAUCGUACUGCGCAGAUGUCGUAGAGGAAGAUAUAACGCGCACUGUUGACUUACUUAAACUUUGCGCGCCAUUCCUGUAUAACGUGUCUGGACCUGAUUUGGUAAAAUCUACCAUUUCUGACGAUUUCCCUUGUCAAUGCGCACAACACAACUUUGCAGUCCACACCGUACUCUACUACCUGCUGCCCACAGAUUUCAGUCUGAAUAUUAUCAGAAAUACAAGUCCUUUGAUAUCCCCUUUCACCUUUGUGUUUUUCCCGAUAUCUGGACGCAGUGAGAUAGAUGCACUGGAGUCAAUUUAUCUAGAGAGAAUAGAAAACGAGCCAGACUCUGAUGGGGUAACAAAACUCAAAGCCGUGGAAUUUUUCUUAAAGUUCAAACUAUUUCCUCGUCUCUUGUACUCUGACAGCUUAUUCCUCGGUAUUGCUGGUGCCGCAAUUUUCCUUCUCAUUUGGGUCUACUGCGGAUCCAUUUUGGUAACUUUAGCAGCCGUGAUCAACGCCGUUCUGUCACUCGUCUUGGCUUACUUCCUAUACAUUGCCAUUUUCCAAAGACCGUUCUUUCCCUUUGGUAAUGUUCUUGCUGCAGUCCUGAUUAUGGGGAUCGGCGCGGACGACACGUUUGUGUUCAUAGACUUGUGGAAGAAGUUCAAAUCGGAGUUGGGUGAUCAAGAUCUACCAAGACUUGUUCAUGAAACCCUACGUCACACCGCUGUGACUAUGUCUGUGACCAGUUUGACAACAGCCUCGGCUCUUUACAUAACGGCCGUCAGCGAUAUCCCCUUUGUCAAAUGCUUCGCUGUGUUUGCAGGCACAGCUAUCGUGAUGAAUCUGGUACUUACAAUGACUCUUCUUCCAGGUGCAAUUAUCAUGCAACACAAGUUGACCGCUUGUUGUUGCUCUUCGCUGACUUGUAAACCGAAACGGGACAUCAAGAAGAUGAUCUUCAAACCCCUGAAUGUGUUUCACGAAGACCUGGUUCCUUUUCUGGUGCUCAAGUUGCGGUGGAUAUGGAUAAUUGUGUUCCUGUCUUUAAUGGUAGGAAGUGUGGUAGUAGUUUUCUUUUAUCCAACUCUCAGACUGCCCAUUACUUCCACAUUUCAGUUCUUUCAGACUUCGCACCCUUUCGAGCAGUUUGAUGUUGUUUACUGGGAUCAGAUGUCGUAUUCGCAGAACUCCUUCCCGGACCACGUGGGCAGUAUCGUCUGGGGCGUUCAGGCGGUCGAUAAUGGCAAUACUUGGAAUCCGGAUGAUUUGGGAAUCCUCUCAUUAGACGAAAGUUUCCAGUUAUCUGAUCCCGAGGAUCAAACCUGGCUUCUUGAUCUCUGCCGUGACUUACGGAGCCAACCGUUUUAUAGGGCAGGUCAGGAAACGGGUUGUUUUAUCGAGGAAUUCAUAAGCUUCAUGGAGUCUCCGGGCUGCGUGAAUCCACGCACUGGUUACGAUCUUUCUCCUUGUUGUAAUCAGUCGGGGUUCCCUUAUGAAUCGGCUCUGUUCACCUCUUGCGUAGCAAAGUAUGCUAUUCAGGGCUUCCUUCCGAGUGUGUUCAUCUGGAACAAAGACUCCAAGAUAGCUGCCGUGACUGUUACCUUCCAAACAACGUAUCCAAGUAGUUUUCAAUAUGAGACAAACAGCGAGUUUUGGGCCACUGUAGAUGCUUGGGUCCAAGGGAAAGUGGACUUGGCACCCGUGUCUUUGCAGCGAGGUUGGUUCGUGUCGGAUUCCAUCACAAUUCGCUUUUAUGAUCUCCAAGAGAGUCUUCGGGCAGGUGUCCCAGUCGCCAUGCUGGUCACUUUGGCAAUAGCAUCCCUGAUACUUUUUCUGACCAUACGGAAUAUCGUGCUCACGCUGUGGGCGAUGUUAACCAUAACAAGCGCUGUCGUUGUCACUGUGGCAAUCCUUGUCCUUCUUGGUUGGGAGUUGAAUAUUGUCGAGGCAACCAUCAUUACAUUGGCUGUGGGUCUGUCCAUAGACUUCACCAUUCACUACGGAGUUGCCUACAAACUCUCCCCGUUGAAAACCCGCAGGCAGCGUGCGCGCUACUCUCUGACUACCAUGACACCUGCCAUCUCAAUGGCGGCUCUGUCAACGUUUAGUGCAGGGGCUCUGGUUCUACCCGCUACGGUUCUCAGUUACUACCAGAUUGGGUUCUUCCUCAUGCUCGUGAUGGUUGUUAGUUGGGUUCACAGUACGUUCUUCUUUCAGUCUCUAUGCACAGUGGCCGGACCCCAGGAAUUUUGUGUGGAUGCCCCGUACCCAUCAUGCAAUGGGUGUCGUAGCUUUUAAAAACAUUCUAUGAAUGUACUCGUAUGUGAACUUGGUGUUUAUGUGUUUAUCUUGUGUGUUAUAAUGAAUGCCUGAAUAAACUAUUAUAAGAACCAAUUUCACUUUAGUUCUGCAUGUACCUUUAAUAUAAAACUUUCAAUCAGAGAGCAAAAUUUAGAUAUAUUUUUAUUAUCAUUAUUUACAGAGGAAAAAUCAUUCAGUUAAGUUUUUGUUUUAAUUGUAGUUUUU